UGCAGAUUAGUUUUUUGUUGCAAUAUGAAUGUAAUAGUGAUUUUUUCUGUGAUUUGUGCAUUUGCAUCAGCCGAAUUCUUUUCAUCAGACAGACGGGAUGACUGGGAGAGGAUAGUUGGCGGUACAAAAGCGCCAAAUGGAUCAGUCCCUUACCAGGUGUCUCUCCGUAUUUGGGGAGUAAGGCACUUCUGUGGAGCGUCCAUCAUCACACCCAGAGUUAUUUUAACAGCCGCUCAUUGUGUAGAUAGGCUAAAACCCCAAUAUUUCCAAGCAAUCGUAGGCACAAACCAGCUUCGAUCGGGCGGCGCACCCUACAAAAUUCGCAAAGUGGUUCAACACGAGAAAUACGACGAUGACCUUAUCAUCAAUGAUAUAGCUAUUAUUUUCACUGAUGAGGCGAUGACGUUCAGCAGUACAGUAGAUGCUAUAGAGUUGAACGAUGAACCGGUUGAAAAGGACGAAGAAUUGUUGUUAACUGGGUGGGGAACUACAUCGUACCCUGGACAUCUGCCAAAUGACCUGAUGCAGCUGCAGCUAAAAGCAGUUACCUACGAGGACUGCAAGGAAGCCCACCAAACUGUCAACGCAGUCUUCACCACUCAGAUAUGCGCUCUCACCAAGGCCGGUGAAGGUGCUUGCCACGGUGAUUCCGGAGGUCCUCUGGUAAGAGAAGGAAGGCAAGUCGGCGUUGUGUCAUGGGGCGUACCGUGUGCUAGGGGCAAACCUGAUGUUUACACUAAGGUGGAAUCUUACAUGAAUUGGAUUGAAAAAACUCUUAUGGAUGACGACGAAGAUCACUGGUUGUAUGUGCGCAGAAGAAUAAAUAACAGGCAUUAAUGAAUAAUUAACGAACUCUUUCUAAAUAUAAAUAUAAUAAAAACAACGAAUAAAAGUAUAAGGCUAGUAUAAAAAUAUAUGUAAAACAUAACUUGCGUUUAAUUAAAAAUGCGUAUUUAAUAAACCCAUUUAUUUAUAUUAUUUUAAUAUCACAGAAAUCUGGAAAACUUAGUAGAGAUAAAUUUAACAUUCGUUGAAAAUAACUCUGUGAACUAGGCUAUAAUAAGUCUCGUCAUAACCAUCGUGCCGAAAAUUAAUUGGAAUUUUAAAUAAAAUAAAUAGAUUGAUA